GUUUUUACCAACACCAUUUCAUCCUGUUAUGUACUGGUAUAAUUAUGAACAUGUUUUAACUAACUUUCAUAGCACGCUGCAUGAUGGAUGCAACAGUGUGGAUAUUUUGUAGUGUUGUGCUUGUAUACUUAAGUGGAUGUGAAUGCGGUUAUUGCACUCAGUACUAUUCAACUUCCGACACUUGUUACCGUACAUCUACCACCUACACAGGUUGUGGAUUCUUGUGGCUCAGUACUUGUUCACAAUACAGUUAUAGGUCUUAUACCUGCUACAAACAGAGCAGUCGACACGUGUGUUGUUCCGGAUAUCAGGGGUCGGGUUGCAGGCAACCAAUUUGUUUCGGAUAUACCAGUUGUCCAAACGGCGGCACUUGUAGAACACCAAACACAUGCAGUUGUCGUACUGGAUUUUCCGGAAGAAAAUGUUCAGACAUUGACGAGUGUAGUUCCGGCACAGCUAGAUGUAAUCACACAUGUGCCAACACACAAGGGUCAUUCACAUGUUCCUGUAGAAGCGGCUAUAGUUUAUCGAGCGACGGAAGAACAUGUUCAGACAUUGACGAGUGUAGUUCCGGCACAGCAAGAUGCAAUCACACAUGUGCCAACACACAGGGGUCAUUCACAUGUUCCUGCAGAAGCGGCUAUAGUUUAAUGAGCGACGGCAGGACAUGUUCAGACUUAAAUGAAUGUAGUUUCGGCACAGCCAGAUGUACUCACACAUGUGCCAACACACAAGGCUCGUUCACAUGCUCCUGUAAUAGCGGAUAUAUGUUAUUGAGCAACGGCAGAACGUGUUCCGAUGUAAAUGAGUGUAGUUCGGGCACAGCAGGAUGUAGUCACAUAUGCACCAACACAGCAGGCUCAUUCACAUGUUCAUGUAGAAGCGGCUAUACAUUAUCGGGCGACGGCAGAUCAUGUUCUGAUGUAAAUGAGUGUAGUGCCGGCACAGCAAGAUGUAAUCACACAUGUACCAACACACCAGGUUCAUUCACAUGUGCCUGUAGAAGUGGUUAUAGUUUAUCGAGCGACGGCAGAACAUGUUCUGAUCUAAAUGAGUGUAUUUCCGGCACAGCUCGAUGUAGACACAUUUGCACAAACACAGCAGGCUCAUUUACAUGUUCCUGUAGAAAUGGCUAUACUUUAUCUAGCAACGGCAGAUCUUGUUCUGAUGUAAAUGAGUGUAGUUCCGACACAGCGAGAUGUAGUCACACAUGUACUAACACACAAGGCUCAUUCACAUGCUCAUGUAGAAGCGGCUUUAGUUUAUCGAGCGAUGGUCGGACAUGUUUUGACAUUGACGAGUGUAGUUCCGGUACAGCGAGAUGCAAUCACACAUGUGCCAACACACAGGGGUCAUUUACAUGCUCCUGUAGAAGCGGCUAUAGAUUAGCGAGUGACGGCAUAACAUGUUCAGAUAUAAACGAGUGUAGUUCUGGCAGAGCGACAUGUCAACAUGAUUGUACUAACACAAACGGCUCAUUCACAUGUUCCUGCAGAGUCAGCUAUACAUUAUCGAGUGACGGCCGGUCUUGUUUUGACAUUGACGAGUGUAGUUUCGGCACAGCUAGAUGUAAUCACACAUGUGCAAACACACAAGGGUCAUUCACAUGUUCCUGCCAAAUCGGGUAUAGUUUAUCGAGCGACGGAAGAACAUGUUCAGAUGUAAAUGAGUGUAGUUCCGGCAUAGCAAGAUGUACCCACACAUGUGCCAACACACAAGGCUCGUUCACAUGUUCCUGUAGAAGCGGUUAUACAAUAUUAAGCAACGGCAGAACGUGUUCCGAAGUAAAUGAGUGUAGUUCUGGCACAGCGAGAUGUAGUCACAUAUGCACCAACACAGCAGGCUCAUUCACAUGUUCCUGUAGAAGCGGCUAUAUUCUAUCUAGCGACAGAAGAUCAUGUUCUGAUGUAAAUGAGUGUAGUUCGGACACAGCAGGAUGUAGUCACAUAUGCACCAACGCAGCAGGCUCAUUCACAUGUUCAUGUAGAAGCGGCUAUACUUUAUCGGGCGACGGCAGAUCAUGUUCUGAUGUAAAUGAGUGUAGUGCCGGCACAGCAAGAUGUAAUCACACAUGUACCAACACACCAGGUUCAUUCACAUGUUCCUGUAGAAGUGGCUAUAGUUUAUCGAGCGACAGCAGAAUAUGUUCUGGUUUGUUUUCAAUUCGUAUCACACACUUUAUUUGUAUUGAUUAAAAAGGACGCCGACUUAACAUAAGACUGUUUUACAACGAACUUAACAGGAACAUCAGACUUGAGUAUUCUUAUUACUUAUCAAUAGCUUUAUUUAAACGUUUUUACAUAUUAUUGAAUUUGACUUAAUAUAUGCCUACUUUUCCAGAUGUAAAUGAGUGUAUUUCCGGCACAGCCCGAUGUAGUCACAUAUGCACAAACACAGCAGGCUCAUUCACAUGUUCCUGUAGAAAUGGCUAUACUUUAUCUAGCAAUGGCAAAUCAUGUUCUGGUUUGUUCUCAGUAGCAUCACAAACUGUAUUUGAAUUAUACAUUUUGUUUGCAUCUAAACAGAGGACAGUUUCACAACUGAUAUGUUGCAGAAACAUAAAAAAUGAGAAUCCUAAGCAGAAAUUCAUUGAGGUUAUAAACUAAAGGCCAUUUUGGUACUUAAAUGUAAUUUACUACAGAAGUCUCUAUACUCAAUUAACGCGUGUGUUUCAAAACGCACUUUUAACUCUGGUUUUUUAUUUAAACAGUUCUGUUCGUCCCCAUGUUAUUGUCUGUGGGAAGAUUUAGCGUCUGAGAGUGUUCUAUUUGUUGCUGCAAAACAAUAUGUCAACCCGUCAUUGUAUGCAAAUCCCAUGUGUCAUAUAUUGGUGGUGAUCCCAACAAUAAGCAUUAACGAUGAACAUAUUUUAAUCUAGGAAAUACAAUAAAGGCAAUAUUUACGGGUGCUUUAAAUUGAUCAAAUGAAAGGGAAUAUAAUUUUACUGUUAACGUUAAUCCAUGCAAUUUGAUACAACCAUAUCGAUACAUGUCAUUCCAGAUGUAAAUGAGUGUAGUUCCGACACAGCAGGAUGUAGUCACACAUGUACUAACACACAAGGCUCAUUCACAUGCUCAUGUAGAAGCGGCUUUAGUUUAUCGAGCGACGGCCGGGCAUGUUUUGACAUUGACGAGUGUAGUUCCGGCACAGCGAGAUGCAAUCAUACAUGUGCCAACACACAGGGAUCAUUUACAUGCUCGUGCAGAAGCGGCUAUAGUUUAGCGAGUGACGGCAUAACAUGUUCAGAUGUAAAUGAGUGUAGUUCAGGCACAGUGAUAUGUAGUCACACAUGUACCAACACACCAGGCUCAUUCACAUGUUCCUGUAGUAACGGCUAUACUUUAUCGAGCGACGGCAAAACAUGUUCAGAUAUAAACGAGUGUAGUUCUGGCAGAGUGACAUGUCAUCACACAUGUACUAACACAAACGGCUCAUUCACAUGUUCGUGUAGAGGCGGCUAUACAUUAUCGAGUGACGGCCGGUCUUGUUCUGACAUUGACUAGUGUAGUUUCGGCACAGCUAGAUGUAAUCACACAUGUGCAAACACACAAGGGUCAUUCACAUGUUCCUGCCGAAUCGGGUAUAGUUUAUCGAGCGACGGAAGAACAUGUUCAGAUGUAAAUGAGUGUAGUACCGGAA